AUGUCGUCCAACUGUGACGCCCUCGACAACGACUCCUGCUCCAGCGACUUCGAAGAUGGGAUUGAGACAAUCUCGGCGAACGCCAACUUGUUCGAGAAUCACUCAAAAAGGCACCUGAAUGUGCUCGAAAUGUUCAAACAACCUCCAAGGGGCCAAGAUGGUGGUCUUAAAGACACUGGUGAAUCUCAUAGAAAGCAGAAAAGUUCUGGAGAUGACAACACUCCACGCAACUUCGGCCAUGACAUGAGUUAUAGGCAAGCAACAUCAUUACCUGUCAUUGAACUUCCACCCAAGAAACGUAGGAAGAUCGGAAGAAGUUUUGUGUUGUGUGAAGAGGAAUUGCUGGAGCAGGUCAUGCAGGAAGUUGCGGGAGUGCAUAAGGCUAUGAGCAGGAUAGAAGCAAUCUUCAACAGGUAG